AUGGAAAGGCCCAUGCUGUUCUUCCGAUACAAGGCCCUUCGUGGUUGCCGGGAGCUUAUCGAAUCCGUUAUGAAGAAAUCCGGAGUCCAAAAUGAGGUUCAGUCAUCCUCAACUAUGGACGUCAUCCAAGUUGUGUCAUCUCGGGCAGCAGCUAUCGAUGAUGACGAUAUAAUGCAUCUUCUCGCCACAUGUGUCCUUAUGAUUCUUUACGAGAAGCUCAGUGGAGAACGGCAAGAAAACGCGAGUGCACAUCUACGAUUCUUUGCCCGGGUCUUCCCAGAUCGGCUGUUUCUGGCCAUUACAAAUGGAAAUCCUCUCGACAACUCCAGGCAGCAGUGGAAUGAGGCCAUGGCCUUUCUCUCUAGUCUGUUCCUCUAUAACGAUCUCGUCAGGUCAACCUCGCUCCGCACUUCGACGCUUUCAGACUUUUACAUUAGACACGGUGGCCCCGGAUCGCGUUUCGAAUUUCCCAGGAUCAUCGCCAGGCUAAAUGCCGGCGACCUUUCAGUAACUGACAAUGAGAUCGCAGUGUGGGAUGGACGGUUGGAUUGGUUUCCAAGUUUCGCGCUCGAUGUGCCUGACAGAAGCGAAUUCUGUGAGAGGCUUCCUGUUGCAGAACCGGCCUUUGUUCUUAAUCCGCACUUCCGGCGACUUGAAACCUUUGCCCGACCAGAGGCCUGGAACGAGCAGGGCAUCGUCUCGGAGCUCUACCGCAUAGCAGCCUCAGUCUACCGAAAACAAAAGCUUGUAAGCCAGCGGUUCUCACUCGGCUAUGACCACCGAGAGCUAGACGAAAAUUAUUUGGAGAUGGGGAAUCUUCCGUCGUGGGGGGUUGAGCUACUUCGUCUGUUGUCACCCGUAUCGCCCUAUGAUAAUACUCUUUUAUGGCCUAUCUCCAUCAUUGCAAAAGAACUCACAGAUGAGAUGGAACGUCAGUUCGCCUUGAAUAGAGUAGAAUCAUUAGAGAAACGGUUGAGCAUGAAGCAUUUUAGCGAUGUGAGGGAGUAUCUUAUUGCUAGUUGGAUGGCAAAAGAUGAGGGCAUUAUUAGCACAUGGGAGCAGCCAGUGCUUUUUGGUUAG